AUGCAGCUCGUCAAGUUCAUCGUUGCCUGUAUGCCUUUGGCCAUCUUGGCCUCACCUAUCGAACAGCAUGAAGCCGGUCUCGUCGACCGCAAGGCUAAUCCUGACGGCCUGGUAGAGGUCGCCGGCUUCACGGAGAAGCGUGACGACCCCAACAAACUUUUCCGUCGCAACAUCAAUUGCAGUAUAAUUAAUGCUAGUAACACUGUCAACUGUCGAUCGUGCGCCAGUACCGACUGCAGCGUUGUCACCACUUUCAAGGCGGGUUCGACACACAGCUUCAAGUGUGCCGUCAAAGGUGAAUGCGUGACGGUCAAUGGUGUGACGAACUGCUCGUGGGAUAAAGCCGAUCGAACACUGGCUACAGACUGCUGGGUCAACGGUUACUACACCUCUAGCGGGUGCACGCUUGCGGCUCUGGGUACCAAUUGCUAA